AUGGAACAAAAACGUGUAAUUGUGUUUUUAACCUGUGUACUAUUAGUUUUGGGUUCAGUGCAACCAAUCUGUGUCGUUGGCCAGGUGAGCAUGUGUGACGUCGUUAGAGCUUUGCCCAGAAAUCUGUCCGGCGUCAACAAGUUCUCUUUACAGAACAUACUGCCCGAGCUGAGAAUGUACAUUGUAUCGCCAAUACUUUGCACUGUCUUUCCAAGCCUAUUUGACAGGUGUCUUACUGUCUGUAAGGUUGUACAAACACUGAGAAAACUUGAUAUUGACAUGAAUAUCAGCGAUGCUAUCAUUCUUAGAUUGACUGGACAGCCUCCACCAACUUGCCCAUAA